AUGACACCCGCCUUCGUGCUUGCGGGCACGCGCAGCGGCGUGGGCAAGACGACCAUUGCCACCGGCAUUAUGGGGGCGCUGGCGCGGCGCGGACUGCGCGUGCAGCCGUUCAAGUGCGGGCCUGACUACAUCGACCCUUCCUAUCAUCUGAUGGCGUGUGGCGUGCCGAGCCGCAACUUGGACACAUGGCUGCUGUCGCACGACACGGUGCUGGAGUUCUACGGCAGAGCAGCGCGAUCCGCGGAUGUGGCGGUUGUGGAGGGCGUGAUGGGGCUUUACGACGGGCACGCGAACCUUACUGAGCAGGGAUCAACCGCUGAGGUCGCCAAGCUGCUGCGCGCGCCGGUGGUGCUGAUUGCAAGCGCGGCAAGAGUGGCGCGCAGCAUCGCCGCCGAGGUGCUGGGCUUCCAGCAGUUUGACCCAUCAGUGAACAUUGCGGGCGUAAUCCUGAACGGAGUGGGCAGUCCGCGCCACCUAGAGUUCUGCAAACCGCCAUCAGAGGACGCGACAGGACUGCCGGUGCUGGGCUACAUGCCGAGACGCGACGAUGUGCGCGUGCCUGAGCGCCAUCUUGGGCUUAUCCCGACCAUCGAGGGCGUGGUCGUCGAAGAGUGGUUCGAUAAACUCACUGAACAGGUGGAGCAGACGAUAGAUAUUGACCGCCUGCUCGAGGUCGCGCGGCAAGCGGAUACGCCGCGAGUCGCACCGUCAGCGUUUCCCGUAGAGUCGCUGCCACGCAGGGCACGAAUAGCGGUGGCGCAGGACAAGGCGUUCAACUUCUACUACCAGGACUCGUUGGACUGCUGGAGGCUUGGGGCGCUGAGAUUGUUCCGUUCAGCCCGCUUGAUGACGCGGCACUUCCGGAGGGCGUGGGGGGGAUAUACAUCGGCGGGGGGUUCCCGGAGCUUUUCGCGCGCGAACUCGCUGUCAAUGAGGACAUGA